GUAGCACUGACGAAGAUGAACUUUGGGACAGUUGUGAUCUCUGCAGGUCUGUGCGGGCUGCUCAGUUUCAUCCUGCUUGCCUUGUCCAUUGGCACUGAAUACUGGUACAUUAUAGAUGUGGAUGAAGGGAAGAACUCCAGCCUGGAAUACAGCAGCUCUCACUCCGGACUCUGGAGGAUAUAUGAAGGACAGAAUGGCAGUUAUCAUGACAUCUCAUUCUACACGGACACCUCCGACCACACCGAGCAGGAGAAGCACCUUUUAAACUUGCACAGGGUCAUAGUGGUCCUGCUGCCUCUCAGCCUGGUGCUGCUGGUCUUUGGGGGGAUCUUCGGUCUGGUGGCGUCUUUGGCUCAGAGCAGCACUCUUCUCUCCUGCAUCGCUGCAUACUUCCUCAUCUGCAGUCUGGUGACGGUGUCUGGUGUGAGCAUCUAUAUCAGUUACUCUCAGCAGGCAUUGGAAGAGCUGCAGCACAUGGUGGAUGUUGAGUCACUGUCUCAUGUCCACAUGUCGUUCGGCUGGUCUCUGGUCAUGGCCUGUCUGUCCUUUUGCCUGGAGCUGCUCACGGGGAUCCUGCUCACGCUAGCAGCCCGUCUCAUUCGCCGUCAGUGCCAGCACGAGCCUGCUGCAGUGCUCACCGUGACCCAGAGUUCACCACAGCUUCUGAGACUCCAGUGACGAUGAUCAUUUCAUCUACAGCCUUUUCAAGAAAUGAGUUUGUGCUGCGUCAAAGUUAAAAUGGAGAGACAAUCAAUUAUUGAGUGCUCAUUAGAGUAUGUGUCUACAUCAGUCGAGUGUGUCAGUGCUAUCACAUGUUUUCCUCAAGGCUUCUAGAAACAAAUUUCCAGAGCUCACCAAUGUCAUGUUUUAUGAAUUUACUGUACAUAACAUGCUG